ACCUAAGCAAUACUUCGUUUGCCCUGCUACCUGAAACAAGACGCGCCGGAGCGAUUAAAAAUUGCCCCCGUCGCUUUCCGAGAAAAAGCCACCUUCUUCCUUAUCACCUCCGCCUCAACCUCCGCUGCACGCCGCAUUAGGAAACCCCCUGCCCCCGCCCCCCUUUUCUUCGAAACUGGCUCUCUCCAAUGCUUUCAACUUUCAAUGGUCGAAGUCACAAACCACUCGUCGUUCAAAGUCCUGAAUCGCCAGCUAACGCGAAGUUCAAGUUCCAGCCUUGUUGUUCCAAAGCUUGGUCUAGGUAUUGUUCAAGCUGUGAAUCCAUUCCUUUUCAGAUUCAUGCCUGUCACAAAAAAUACAUCAUGGGCCGGAGAGCAAGCGGUCCCAGCUGAAGCAAGAGUUCCCAAGAUUGACUUACUUGAUGCAUCUGAAGAUGCUUAUGGAGGAGUCAUUGUAGACAUGAAAGAACCAAUGAAUUCUGAUCUAUUUGCAUCUGCACUUAGGGCUUCAACAACGAAAUGGAGGGAGCAGGGAAAGAAGGGCAUUUGGAUUAAGUUGCCUAUUGAGCUUGUAAAUCUUGUUGAGGUCGCAGUUAAGGAAGGAUUUAGAUAUCAUCAUGCUGAACCAUCAUACUUGAUGCUUGUGAAGUGGAUUCCCAUAACUGCCAACACACUUCCUGCAAAUGCUUCUCAUCGAGUGGGCAUUGGUGCUUUUGUCACAAAUAGCAAAGGGGAGGUUCUGGUAGUCCAGGAAAAUAGCGGCAAAUUCAAAGGCACAGGUGUGUGGAAGUUUCCUACGGGUGUUGUUGACGAGGGUGAAGACAUUUGUACAGCUGCAAUGAGAGAAGUGCGAGAAGAGACGGGAAUUGAGACAGAAUUCUUGGAAGUUCUUGCAUUCAGGCAAAGCCACAACUCGUUCUUUGGCAAGUCCGAUUUAUUCUUUGCUUGCAUGUUGAAACCAUCCUCUUUCGAUAUCCGGAAACAGGACUCGGAGAUUGCCGCAGCGAAAUGGAUGCCCCUUGAAGAAUAUGCAGCCCAGCCUUUCAUUCAGAAACAUGAACAAUUCAAUUACAUUGCUAAGGUAUGCUUGGAGAAGAAGAAGGGCAACUACGCUGGAUUUUCUGCUGUUCCUACUACUACUGGCUUUUCCCGUAAACAGAACUAUUUAUACUUCAACAAGAAGGAUCUUAGUGGUACCAAUAUUUGCGAGAACUCUCACACCGGUAAACUCUGAUCGCCAUAAAAAAUUAAUGAAGCGCAGGUCAAUUUUUCAUUUUUUGGUUCUUGUAGAUCGAUUUUACGGCAACCAGAGGAGGAUGUGGAAUUACGGACUCUGUAUAAUAAAGAUAGAAACUAGAAUCAGUUACCUUUUCAUUCCUGUUCACAAAUCCUUGCAGAAAUUUUAGAUCAUUGAGCUGCAGAGUUCCCAACCAUCUUCUCUUAGCUCUGCCUCCUUGUUCUUUAGCUAUUGAUCUUUCAGAUGUACGAACAUGAUAGUAUACAAGACAACCUCUUUGUUUCACCACGUAUU